AUGGACCUCCAGGUUCUAUCACAACUCUUCGCUACGACAUACAACCCCGAUCCCAAUGUUCGCAAAGCUGCUGAGCUCGAGAUUCGCAAGAUUGGAAACCAAGAUGGCAUGAUUUCGUCCAUUCUCAGAAUCAUAGCAGCUGAUAACAUCGAUCUUGCCACACGCCAAGCAUGCGCCGUAUGGCUUAAAAACCGGAUUCAUAAUUCAUACUCUAUUGAAGUUUCGCGUAGACCAGAUGUUGUCGUGAUCGGCCCUAGUGAACGCGAGGCCCUUCGCAUCAAUAUCCUCCCUCUCCUCGCUGCCUCACCCUCACGAAGUAUCUCACUUCAGUUGGCAAAUACCCUCAAAUCUGUUGUAGCACAUGAUUUUCCCGCCAACUGGCCUGGCCUUGUCCGCGAAAUUAAACAGCUGCUUGUCAGCUCAAAUGUCAGGGAGGUUCAUGCCGGAUGCAUUGCUACUUUGGAAGCUGUUAGAGCGUUCCGAUUCAGACAAAAGCAUGAUGCUUUGCCAGUGAUUGUGGAGGAAUUGUUCCCCACACUUGUUAGCAUUGCUACUCAAAUGAUGCAACAACCACCGAGUGCCGCUCAGGACAUCCCAACAAUGCUCCAUCUCAUACUCAAAGCCUAUCGCACCACAAUCGUUAUCAACCUCAGUGCCCAUCAGCAAAGUGCAACCAGUCUUGUACCCUGGGGACAACUUCUCUUUUCAGUUGUGAAUUUAAGAUUGCCCAAGGACGCCGUACCCGAGGAUAUCGAAGAAAGAGAGAAGUGUGAAUGGUGGAAAGCCAAAAAAUGGGCAUACGCUGUUUUGGGCAGGCUUUUCCACAGAUAUGGAAAUCCUUCACAAAUGCCAUCUACCCUCCAAGUUGACUACAUCGAAUUCGCAAAGCACUUCAUUGUCGCUUUUGCUCCUGAAAUUCUUAAAAUAUACUUCCAACAAGUGGAAUUAUACGUCUCAAAUCAAGAAUGGCUUUCGAGCAAAUGCCAAUACCAAAUCUUCCAGUUUUUCACAGAAUGCGUCAAGCCAAAAUCCACAUGGGUUCAACUCAAGCCUCACUUUGACAGCCUAGUGUCGAACUUCGUCUUCCCUCAGCUUUCUUUCAAUGAGCAGAGACGUUCGCUAUGGGAGAGCGACCCCGUCGAUUAUGUUCGCGUUUCAGUAGAUGAAUAUGAGACAUUCACGACCCCUGUUGCAGCAGCUACCACUUUCCUUCUUGCACUCGCUGGAAAUAGGACCAAGGCCACUUUUUUGCCUAUCCUCGGAUUCAUCAAUUCCAUUCUUCGUGUCCACGGUCCUCCCGAACAAAGGUUCGGUGCCCUCAACAUGACCGCCGCUUUGGGUCGCCAGAUUAUGAAGCAUCCUGAAGUGAAGAAUAAUAUGGAACAAUUCAUGCUACAAUUCGUCAGCCCUGAAUUAGAAAGCCCUGAGCCAUACCUGAGAGCUAUUGCUCUCGAAAUAUUAGGAACCGUAACGAAACAGGGGCUUGUUUGGUCCUCUGAGGAAACCUUGAACAAACAUUUCCAGGCUGUUUUCCGCGCGCUUGAUGAUAAUGAAUUCCCCGUCAAGGUUCAAGCCGCUCUGGCUCUAACUGAAAUGAUCAUCGCCCAUGAGUCUGUUCGGGUCGCUGUCGCACCCCAGGUCGGCAAAGUCAUCCAAGAUCUUCUCAAAAUGUCCGAUGAGACCGACUUGGACAUCCUCAACAACAGCAUGGAGGUCAUGGUUGACCAAUUCCAAAACGAGCUUCUUCCUGUUGCAGCCAUGCUCACCGCUCGCCUCUGUGAAUCUUACAUGAGACUUGCCAGAGAAAGCGCAGUUCAUGAUCACCUUGAAGACAAUGCCGAUCUCGACACUCUCCUUUCUGAUGUGGAUGAUGACAAGACCUUUGCGGCUAUGGGUGUUGCCAAAACCAUCAGCACCAUCAUUUCCUCUAUCGAUAGUUCGCCUGAAAUUCUUUCUCAGAUCCAGGAAAUUGUGAUUCCUAUCAUUGUGUUCACCCUCGAGAACAGGCUUCUUGACUUGUUCGACAACAUGUAUGAGCUGGUCGACAGUUUGACCUACAAACUUCGAUCCAUCUCACCAUCUAUGUGGCCUGUGUUCGAGUUAACAUAUAGACUAUUCAAACAUGAAGCAGUCGAUUUCCUCGAGGAAAUGUUGCCUUCUCUCGACAACUUCCUUUCGUAUGGCGCUGAUGUCAUCAAGGCCCGCCCUGAGUAUAAGCAGAUGAUGGUUGACAUCUAUACUACCUCCAUCACGAAUGAACAACUUGGAGAAAACGACCGCGUCAACGGUUCCAAACUCGCCGAAUCUUUGUUGCUCAAUCUGCGUGGGGGCGCCGACGACUACCUCCAACCAAUUAUUGCCACUGCUCUCUCUCUCUUGGAUAAAACAGAGACCCCUGCACUCCGUCUUGCUAAUCUUGAAGUUCUGAUCAACGCAGUUCUCUACAACCCUUCUGCAGCCCUGCACCUUAUGGAAGCAUACAAACCAGGAAUGGCGCGUCUUUUCUUCGAUCGGUGGUUUGUUGCCAUCAAUACCGAUAACCGUCUCCCUCGCGUUCAUGACAAGAAAUUGAGUCUUUUGGCACUUUGCGCUCUUAUGGAGAUGCCCCCUGACUCCGUGCCUGAAACUGUGCGUGAUGGAUGGCCGGGCAUCGUUGGUGGCGCUUUAAAGAUCUUUAAGACUUUGCCAAAAGCAAUCGAAGAUCGCAAGAGGCUUGAAACUCUUCUCCAAGAGGAAUCUGAUGAGGAGGAUGACAAUGAAGAAUUAGCUUUGAACUUGGAAGGCGACGAUGAGGAUGUGUGGGAUGAAGACUCCGCUUACAUGGAAAUGCUUGCACGAGAGGGUGCCCGACUUCGAGAAAAAUCAGAAAAUGAAUCUAAUCUGGAAGAAGAGGACGAAGACGAAGACGAUGAGGAUGAGGACGAAAUUGACGAGGAGCUAGGCUAUAUUAGUCCUUUGGAAAACAUCAACCCAUAUGUAUCAUUCAAGCAAGCUCUGACCACUUUCCAAAUGCAAAACUCCCCGAGCUAUCAAGCGGCCACUACAGUUCUUGACAUUGAGCAACAGACUUUGCUUAUGGAAGUCAUGCGAAUAGCCGAGCAGGAACAGACCCCUUCAUCCUAA